ACACUCUAAUUAACCAACAUCCAAUUUUUCAGACAAAGAUGCCAUUUUGCCCUAGCCCUAGGGAUUUCAAGAUUUUACCUUUUGUCCUUCACAUUCCUAGGCACUUUUGCGAAAAGCAAAAAUACCAAAAAAAUUCUACUACUACGAAUAAUCAUAAUAUAAUAAAUAAACCUUGAAAAAAUCAAACCAAUCCAAAAAAUACACACAUCCUCUGUUUUUCUCUCUUUUCCCCUUUUUCUCCUUCAAAUCUUCCCACCUUCUUCAAUCAAUCAACUCCACUCGCAUAGUGAAAAAAAGGUCAUCGAAAUUUCCAAAGAAGACGAUGCUCCGACCUUGAAAAAUUCUACAACAAAGAAGGGGUGAAGAUAGGAAUCGUUUGUGGAUGGAUCCGAAGAGCUCAGAGCAGCCGCAGAGCAGCGCCUGCGGCGAACCGAAAGCGGCGGCGGAGAGAGACGACUCGAAGAAGCUCGCCCUCGCUCCAAAACGGAGUUCGAACAAGGACCGCCACACCAAAGUCGAGGGCCGCGGCCGCCGGAUUCGGAUGCCGGCUCUCUGCGCCGCCAGAAUAUUCCAAUUGACUAGGGAAUUAGGGCACAAAUCGGACGGCGAGACCAUCCAGUGGCUGCUGCAGCAGGCCGAGCCGUCGAUCAUCGCUGCCACGGGGAGUGGCACCAUCCCCGCCUCCGCCCUGGCCGCCUCGGGCGGUGCGAUUUCGCAGGCCAGCUCGAUAUCGUCGGGCCUCCACCACAAAAUGGAUGAAUUAGGGGCUAAUCGGAGCUCAUGGCCUAUGAUUGGGGGAAAUUUGGGGAGGAGUACGGCGGGGAUGUGGCCUCCCGCGGGAUUCGGAUUUCAAACGUCCUCUUCUUCCUCGUCUUCGUCUGGUCCGUCGAUGGCGGCGGCGGCGGCGGCGGAGAAUUCUGCUUAUCUUCAGAAAAUGGGCUUCCCUGGAUUUGAGCUGCCCGGAGGGAAUUUGGGGGCAAUGAGUUUCACCUCAAUUUUGAGCGGUGGAGGUGGUCAGCAGCUGCCCGGAUUGGAGCUUGGAUUAUCACAAGAUGGAAACAUCGGAGUGGUGAAUCCUCAGGCAUUCAGCCAGUUUUAUCAGCAGAUGGCGACGCCGGCAGCGCGUGUCGCCCACCACCAUCAGCAACACCACCACCAGCAGAAUUUGUCGCCCAAGGAUGAUGAUUCUCAAGAAUCAGGACACUGAAAAAAGUUAAUAACAUUAGUACUCCUACUAAAAAUGGUUGCUUUGUUUUUAUGGGGAUGGAUUGUGUGGUGAUUGGUGUUUCUUCUCUUUUUUUUUAAAAAUUUUAUUUGUAAUUUUUUCUUUUUUUGUUGCAUUAGUGUAUAAAUCUCAAGAAUGAUAGAUAUGUUCAUACCACUCUUCAGAUAGAUAGAUUGCAAUACAGCCUAUUUAUUCUUCUUGAUCAUAUAUUGUGUAAAUUAGAUGUUUUUGUUGUAGAAUGUGAAGGCAUCAAGUAGUUUGGGUUUUUGAGCUUA